GAUGGACAAUUGUGGAAAUGGCGAGAGGAGCGGAUUGUGGAUGUGUUGAAGAUAGGCUGCGAUAGGAGGAGGAAGGAGAUGGGAGCGGGAUGUGGGCGAGAAUGUCGUCGUCAAAAGGAAUUUGGGAUAAAGUCGACGCAGCGAGAAGAGUUGCAGUCGCCGUUGCAGCCAUUGUGGUAGAAUCGAAAGAUGAAGUCGCAGCCAUCGUGGUAGAUUUGAGAGAUGAAGUAGUCGAUGCAGCGAGAAGAGGUGUACUUGUUGUUGCAGGCAGCGUUGCAGAUUCGAGAGAUGAAAUUGUUGAUGUGGUGGGAAGUGUCGAUGUAGAGGGACUUGGCUUUGUAGUUGUAGUCGCAGUCGCAGACGUUGAUGUUGAGGUACUCAUCAUUGCCGUCGUCGAUGUAGUGAGAAGAGUUGCACUCGUUGUUGCAGGCAGUGUUGCAGAUUCGAGAGAUGAAAUCGUCGACGUGGCGGCAAGCGAUGAUGUUGAGGCACUUGUCUUUGUAGUCGAUGUUGCAGUCGUAGUCGCUGAUGGUGAGGCACUUGUCUUCGUAGUUGUAGCAGAAGAGGUUGCGGCGGCAGUUGACGGCGUCGCGAUUGUUGUGUUUGUAGUCGUUAUUGCAAGCAUUGGUGUUGAUAUCGAAGACGAACUUGUUGAGGACGACAAUUUGGACGAUGCUUUCGGUUUCUUGUGCGGCGGCUUGUCUUCAUGGGCAUCUGCAAGCCAGGCAGGAGCAAAUGGAAAGCGAGGAGAGCAGGGGGAAGGCGAGGAGCUGGUGAAGAUCAAUGCCAGCAUGUUUGAUAGAUUGGUCUUGGGACUUGUUGAUAGUGAUCGCGAAGGCCGGAGGAAUGGGGAACUGGCGUCUUUGCCACGGGAAAGGGGACGUGAUGUCGGUGACCGAGAGCAAGAUGCGCGGGAGGAGGACCGGCCAAAGGGAUGGCAGGAUGCGACCGUGAAGAAGUCUAUCAUUUGUGACAGAGUCAACAAUUAGCCGUGUUCUGUUGCAAAGGCCGUUUCUCAUUGCGAUAUUUCGCAGGAGAAUGA